GUACCCGCUGAGCCUGCACGAUAGCCCUGGGGCUGGUGGUGGAGUUCUUGCAGCUGACUUCUCCUUUUUUAUGCUCUUUGGCUCUCCAUGCGAGCCAGAGACAAAUGGAUGCAAUUGCCAGCGGCAGCCUCAAGAGGAAGUUUGAAGAUGUGGAUGUGGGCUCGCCCGUCUCCAACUCGGAUGAUGAGAUCUCCAACAGCGACAGCGCCGACAGCUGCGAUAGCCUCAACCCCCCAAGCACCAUGGGCUUCAUACCCACAUCCAUCCUGAAGAGGCAGAAGCAGCUGCGCAGGAAGAAUGUGCGUUUCGACCAGGUGACCGUGUACUAUUUCGCCCGACGCCAGGGCUUCACCAGCGUGCCCAGCCAAGGGGGCAGCUCCCUGGGCAUGGCCCAGCGCCACAACUCCGUCCGCAGGUACACGCUGUGCGAGUUCGCCCAGGAACAGGAAGUGAAUCAUCGGGAGAUCCUCCGGGAGCACCUCAAGGAGGAGAAACUCCAUGCCAAGAAAAUGAAGCUGACCAAGAACGGCACAGUGGAGUCAGAGGAGGCAGACGGCCUGACCCUGGAGGACGUGUCGGACGACGACAUUGAUGUGGAGAACGUGGAAGUGGAUGACUAUUUCUUUCUGCAGCCACUGCCCACCAAGCGGCGCCGAGCCCUGCUCAGGGCCUCCGGAGUUCACCGCAUCGAUGCUGAGGAGAAGCAGGAACUGCGCGCCAUCCGCCUGUCGCGAGAGGAAUGUGGCUGUGACUGCCGCCUGUACUGCGACCCCGAAGCCUGCGCUUGCAGCCAAGCUGGAAUUAAAUGCCAGGUGGAUCGCAUGUCCUUCCCAUGUGGCUGCUCCAGGGAUGGCUGUGGGAACAUGGCCGGGCGAAUAGAAUUUAAUCCCAUCCGAGUGCGGACUCACUAUCUCCACACCAUCAUGAAGCUGGAGCUGGAGAACAAGCGGCAGGUGAGCCGGCCCCAGGCCUUGGAGGAGGAGUCUCUGCACAGCUCCGGCAACGACUGGCUGGGAACGCAGCCCUCGGAGACACAAGACUUCCAGGAGUUCAUGGCAGAGAACGAGACAGCUGUCAUGCACCUGCAGACGGCGGAGGAGCUGGAGAGGCUGAAGGCUGAGGAAGACUCCAGUGGCACCAACAUAGAGAGCUUAGGAGUGUGCAUCCUUGAGGAGCCUCUGGCUGUGCCUGAGGGGCUGUGUCCAGGCCUACCCACGCCUAUCCUCAUUCAAGCCCAGUUCCCUCCGGGCUCGUCUGUCCUGUGCUUCGCAGACAGCACUGAGCACGCAGCCUCGGCUGGGGGUGACCAGUCCUACUUGAACAAUGGGCCAGUGCUGUACUACCAGGUGGACCAAAGGUCCGUGCUGGGGGUGAAGGGGGAGAGUGGCACGGAGGAGUCGGAGAUGCCCUCUCCUUACACGAAUGAGAAGGAUCUGAGCAUCUUCUCCGUCCCCGUGGCCUCGCUGGUGCCUUGCAGCAGAGCCGUGGCCCCAAGCAAGACAGAGACAGGGAAAGUAGCCGCCUUGUCUCUGGAGCCCUCCCCACCCCACGAGAGCUGCAGGGCAGCCGCAGCUCCUCUGUUCCGUACAAACGCUCCGUCGUCUGGACCGGAGCAGGCCCCGGAGAGAGUGUGUGAGCUGCCUUCCCCGGAGGAGCGGUCCCUGGGGCCCGCCCUGGCUGUGUGACCCAGCCCCUGGCCCCUCCAGGAGCUUUUUCUGAUGUCUAUUUAUUGACAGAUAUUUUAUCGAGUGGCAGUAGCCGCUGAGGAUUAUUUAAUUGGUAUCGGGGGUGGGAGCCGAGCUGCUUUCUAUGAUUUCACAGAAAACCAAUGAAACCAAGCGCUUGUGGCAGUCUCUUGAGAGGCUCCCUCUUCAGAGAGGGUGGGGUACCACAUCUAACACUGGAGGUGCUGCUCCAUGUGCCAGAUGAGGGAGGAGGCUCAGCUGAGCUCCCUCCCAUUUGUGGAACUGGGUGUGUCUCUUCCCCCCUCCCCCCCCACCCACAGGGACCAUCCUAUGUGAAUCUGUGUCUGUCUCCUAUAAGCAAUAGUGCGAAGCUGCCUCUUGUUCCUCCCCUUUGAGCACCAGACUUGGCCUGCGGGGCAGCAGGGACGUCUUUCUGUGGUUGCUUCCCCCCGCCUCCCCCACCCCGUGAUAUCGAAUGUGUUCGUGUGGCAGAGUCUCCAUCCUGCUUCUCCCAGGUGAAACUGACAACAUUCCUACCAUGCCAUCUGCUUCAGCACUUGCCCUUGGAACCUCCUGUCUGAACCCCACCCCAGCAGCGGAACAGCCUGGGCUCUCCAUGCUCACCCUUACCGUGCGCCAGAGAGAUGGCUUUCUGUGGAUCAGUCAUCCCCCAUGACUGGUUACGUUUCCUCUUUCGGCAUGCAACCAUUUUACAAACCAACACCCAGCUUAGAGUCUCCUGCUUGGCAGUAACUUUGUCCUGCCCCCUCCCCCCCGACUUUUUUUUUUUAUUUUUUAAAUGUGCUGAAUGUUUACUGGGCCAUUCUGUGACCCAUUGCCUGUAACUGACACUACAGUCCCUGUGCUGGGCUGUGGCAAACCCCUCUGGGAGCUCCCUGUUUGGACCUGGGCUCCUCCAACGGAAUUGCUCUUCUCUGUGGAAGUAUGAUCGUUGGAUGGUGGAGAUGGGGGUGGGGGGAUGCUACCUAACUGUUUCCUAAUCAUGUCAAUGUUUUCUGUUUUAAUUGCACAGGAAGUGGAGUGGGACGGGGAGGACCAAGAACAUGAUCCAUACGCUCCUCUAAAAAAAAAGUUUCCUGCCACCCAGUCACUUAAUAGCAAUCCCCUGUCCUGGCUCAGUCUAAACUGGAGGGCAAGAGGUUUGCGUGCAAUGGAAUUGCAGCCCUGGGUGACUGAGUGAGCAGCAAAUCUUUCAGUUGUUGGAAGAAAUUGGCCCUUUCCCUACUAGGGCUGUCUGUGAAUUCAGCAGAGAUCGCAAAGGUGCAAUAUGUUGAUGGCAGAGAAGGUGCUUGUGCUCUGGGCUUGCCUCCCAGCCUGGUACAGGGAGGCACAUCAUCACCAUUCUAAUAAGCCCCAGCAUUUCCCCCAGACUUGGGAAAAGACUAAAUCUUCUCAAAACUGCCACAAUUUCUGUCCUAACGGCCCAUCAACCCUGCCUUCCAGGCAGGUAGUGAAAGCACUUUUCUCCCUAACCUCACAGGCAUCUUUCCUUCUGUGAUAAAAAGCUGGUACAGACCCCUUCCUGAGUCCCCUCAUUCUCUUGGCCCAAGGAGAACCCAGUUGUAUUUCUCUGCACUGUACUCUCUAAAGGGCCAGGACGCAGCACAACUGCAGCACUAAACUUCUGCGGAGAGUAGAAAUACCUUCCCCUUCUCUUUCAGAUGCAUGGAGCCUGCCAGGCUCCCACAACAAUCUUGUCCAUGUCACUCUGUUCCAUUACAGGUUUCUUAAGA